UUAAUCUUUUAAACAGCUUGUUUUUUAUGGUAGGACUUUUAUUAAUAAACUCAGCGCGUGUGAUGUGACGCGUUUCCUGCUGAACUCUGCGUCGGUGAGGGGAAAAGAAACACUCAUGGCGGGGGAGGUGUAUUUACUUUGGUUACUGCCUUUAUUACAAACGCUGGCGUCUUAUGGAGCCGAGCUCUCCUCUGAGGCCUGCAGGGAGAUGGGCUUCUCCAGCAAUCUCCUGUGCAGCUCCUGUGAUCUCCUGGGUCAGUUCAGCCUGGGCCAGUUAGACCUUCCCUGCAGGCAGUGCUGCCAAGAGGAGGCUCAGCUGGAGUCAAGGAAGCUCUAUCCUGGAGCCAUCCUUGAGGUCUGUGGAUGAAAAUUGGGGAGGUUCCCUCAAGUCCAAGCUUUCGUCAGGAGUGACAAGCCAAAGAUGUUCAGGGGUCUUCAGAUCAAGUAUGUGAGAGGCUCAGACCCUGUGCUAAAGCUGCUGGAUGAAAACGGGAACAUUGCUGAAGAGCUCAGCAUCCUCAAGUGGAACACAGACAGCGUCGAAGAAUUUCUUAGUGAGAAGUUAGAACGAAUUUAGACUCUGUUUCAUAUUUAAAGCCGGAUUUUCACAAUUUGCUCUUUUUUGCAUAAACUUCAAACCGAAUCAAAGGAAUUUUUGUGCUCAAUAAUGGACAUUAAUACAUUGUACAUGGUUUUUUUUUUUGGGUUUUUGUAAGUAAACUCAAAAGUAUCUGGUAGUGCUGUCAAACAUGUAAUUGCGAUUAUUAGCAUCCAAAAUAAGUUCUUGUUUACAUAAUAAGUUUUUGUGUGCUGUGUAUAUUUGUGCAUAUAUAAAUGCAAACACAUACAAUAUAUAUUUUGAAAAUAUUAACAUCUAUACAUUUAUAUUCCUAAAUUGUAUAUUAUAUACACACACUUAAUAUAAACAAAAUAUUUUUUCUUAAUUCUAUAGAUGCAUGUGUUUGUAUUUAUAUAUACAUAAUAUACACCGUGUACACACAUUAUGCAAACAAACUUUUAUUUUUGGAUGCAAUUAAUUGCAAUUAAGUAUUUAGUUUGAGUUGAUCAGGUGAUCAGGACAUACUGUACUUAUUUUUAGUUGAUUUUUCUGCUGCAUAUUGUUGAAUCGUUGAUGUGCUGUGGCCUUUUAUACAUCUUGUGUCUGAGUGAAUCGUGUUGAAUGUGCUGGUUUGGUAAAGCUUGUGGCAGCUCCUCAGAAGCGCAUGUUUAUGUGGAUUUGCACGUUAGUGAAGGCCUGACAGUAAACCAGUCCCUGGCAUGUGAGGCCUGAAGACCCUGUGUAACUCCCUGAGCACGUUGUUAUGGUGGGAACCUUCGAGCUCUACCCCAGUAUGAGAUGGUGGAAUCUAUUCAUUUCAAUGUUUGUUCAAAAAAAUUGAAUUUAAACUCCAUUUCACUAGCACACAGACAAAUAAACCUGUUUUUCAUA